UCAGGGGCGGGGUCUCCCUCCAACCUGCUCUCCGCCAACAUGGCUCCGCGGCUGAGCAGCAUCUCUGCAGCGGCGCGGCUGCUGGGGGGCCCCGGGCCCCGCCGCGCGGAGCUUGAGGCUGCGGCUGCGGCGCGCUUCUAUUCCAAGGACAAUGAAGGCAGCUGGUUCCGCUCACUCUUCGUGCAUAAGGUGGAUCCCCGGAAGGACGCCCACUCCACCCUCCUCUCCAAGAAGGAGACCAGUAACCUCUACAAAAUCCAGUUUCACAAUGUGAAGCCUGAGUGUCUGGAUGCCUACAACAGCCUGACGGAGGCCGUGCUGCCCAAGCUGCACCUGGAUGAGGACUAUCCCUGCUCGCUUGUGGGCAACUGGAACACGUGGUAUGGGGAGCAGGACCAGGCAGUGCACCUGUGGCGCUUCUCCGGCGGCUACCCCGCCCUCAUGGACUGCAUGAACAAGCUCAAAAACAACAAGGAGUACCUGGAGUUCCGGAAGGAGCGCAGCCAGAUGCUGCUGUCCAGGAGGAACCAGUUGCUUCUCGAGUUCAGCUUCUGGAACGAGCCGCAGCCCCGAGCAGGUCCCAACAUCUAUGAGCUGAGGACGUACAAGCUCAAGCCAGGAACCAUGAUCGAGUGGGGCAACAACUGGGCUCGGGCCAUCAAGUACCGACAAGAGAACCAGGAGGCAGUGGGCGGCUUCUUCUCACAGAUAGGAGAGCUCUACGUGGUGCACCAUCUCUGGGCCUACAAAGACCUGCAGUCUCGGGAAGAGACUAGAAAUGCUGCUUGGAGGAAGAGGGGUUGGGACGAAAAUGUCUACUACACAGUGCCCCUGGUGCGACACAUGGAGUCUCGAAUCAUGAUCCCUUUGAAGAUCUCGCCUCUCCAGUGAUGCUGCUGCUGCCGCCGCCUCACUGCCCUUCUCCCGCUGACAGCCACGGACAGAGGGGCUCCCAGUCCAGCUGUCUUGGUUUUCUCUCUGAUCUGGAAGGACUCUGAGGGCUAGUGCUCAGCUCAGACAACGGGGAGCUGAGGAUGACAGAGUCCUGAGGACUUUGCAGCUCUGCCUGCCCUGCCCAUCCCUGCCCCUGUGCUGGAAGCAGUUUUUAAUUUCUUUGAAUGAAGAACAGCAACCUUUUAUGUCUUCUCACAUUCCCACCCCCCCCCCAAAAUUCCUCAUCUCGGGCCCACCAGUCCCCAAGUAUCACCAAGGAAAACAACAAUUUAGCUUUAGUUGUACAAAAGGUAGUGUGUCCAGUGGUUAGAGGUGGGAAGGGGUCAAAGCAGACCAGGCUCUCGGGGAAAUUCCCCGGUCUCCACUGGCCAUCCACUUGCUGGACAGUCCGACCCACAUCCCUCCUGCUGGGGAAAAGCCUAGAACUGCCUAGAAUUGCAAGAAGUAAAGGGAAAUCCUCAAGUUAGCAAAGUCAGCCGGAGGUUCAUCUCAUGAACCCAGAAAGGCUGGAGAAAUGGAGCUGGGAAGGAUCUGGGGGCAGGAAACAGAAUGGAACAGAACGAGAACCAGGAACCCAGAAGGUAGAACGUAGAAUUCACAGCCUGGGUUUGAACUGCAGAACUUGGAAUACAGAAUGGGGGACAUAGCACCGAGGUGACGAGACCACCUGGGAGGGUUUCCUAAUACAAGGCAGCUGGAAAGAGGCUCCUCGCUUUCCCUCUACACCCUGUGGUUGAAAACCUGAAUGUGUCGUUGCAGCCGUCUGUCUGUGCAGGGAGUCUCCUGCCCUCCCUUUCCCUUCCUGUGGGCAGAUAUCGGGCCACGGCCUGUGCUUUUCCUCGGUGACCUCCACACCUCAUGAACCACUGGGUAGGUUGAUUAUGCCUCCCCUUUCAGGAAAACUUGCGCUGGAAUUGCUGACGGAAAUAUUAAAUGUUUACUAUAAA